CUAUUACCCACGUUCCUUGACGGGGCGCUUGAAAAGAAGGGAAGUUAUCUUGCCGAAGUCAUGCAAUGACGAAAGCCAAAGCCACGCCUCUCCAUUCGAUGACCGAGAUGACCGCCGCCACACAGAAAGCGCGCGCAACAGGCGCAACUUCCAUCAUUCCCGGCCUCCGUCCAACCCUGCGUCCAACCCCCCCGCAACGUUCUGCCCACGUUCCCAGGCUGCAUUGUUGCAACCUGGACAUAGCAUAUUCCUUCUCGACUCUCCACACACUUGACAUUCGGGGACAGUACACUACAGGGAGCGUCUGAGGCACUCGGACGGUUCAGCACAAGAAAGCGAAAUAAACGGUCAAUUUCCACCGGCGUUCCAUCUUCGAAGCUCCGCGACAACAAUCACGAUGAAGUCGCUCACUUUGCGAGUUAAAGUCAUAUCGGCAAGGGAUUUGGUUGCCAAGGAUAGACGAGGGACGAGCGAUCCUUUCGUCGUGCUGAAGUUGGGUGGGCAGACUUGCAAGACGAAAGUCGUAUCGAAGAAUCUGAAUCCGACAUGGAAUGAAGAAUUCGAUUUCGUGUUGACGCCAGUUCUUUUCGAUGCCUCCCUGGAUUUGACUCUCUGGGACAAGGAUCUUAUCGGAAAAGAUUUUCUCGGGCAAAUAUCCAUCAAGGUAGCCGAUAUUCUCCGCCUCGUCGGCCAUCAUGCAUACGAUGACGCGAGAAAUGAGCCCUUUGCGGAUCCCGUUCACGGCAGAAAGGCUUCUGAUAUUGUCACCGGCGAACUGAGCAUGAAGUUGGGCUUUGUUGGAGAAAUCGACCAGGAUCUACUCGCGAUGUUCGACAGUUCGGAACACAAUGCUGUUCAUGCCACGCUGAUGACAAGUGAUGAUCCUGCGGACGAUUUCUAUUUCAAUCAAUUCGUGGGCUCCGAAACCCCACAGGGCGAGGGACCAGAUGCAGAUGCCCUUAUCGACGACAGCGCUUCCGAAAGCUCAGACGCGCCGAAUGGGGAUACCAGCGACGAAGGGACACCUACCGUGAUUGACCACAAUGCGCAAAUGGGGCUUCUCACCGUGGAUAUCGUAGGGGCUACGAAUCUGCCUUACGACCCGAACGUUACGAAAACCUCGUUCGAUUGCGAUCCUUUCGUUGUCAUCUCCUACGGGCGGAAAACUUUCCGCACACGGACUCUCCGGCAUACAUUGAACCCUGCGUGGAACGAGCGCGUGUUCCUCCACGUCCGUCACUCGGAAUUGGCGUUGGGAUGGUUGAUCAAUCUAGCCGUUUACGAUUACGACAAAUUCAGCAAUAACGAUUAUAUUGGGACGGCCGAUCUCAAGAUGGCAGAUCUCGUAGCAAAGUGCAAGACCAGCCCACUGGUUCCAAAUGUGCCAUCACAUAUGCCUACAUACGAGGAGACGUUGACUCUGCAGUUGAAGCGGGCAAAGCCUGGGGCAGCUCCCGCCACGUUGAAAGUGAAAUACACGUUCACGCCCUAUACUGAUCUGAGGAGAAACUUCUGGCUGACGCUCAUCAAGCAGUUCGACACCGACGGUGCUGGGCGGAUUAAUAAAGUACAACUGACGGCGAUGCUAGAUUCCCUCGGGUCGACCUUUUCCGACGAGUCUAUCAACCUUUUCUUCAUCAAGAAGGGGAAAGGGCCGGACGAUGAGCUGGAGUACGAGGAGCUGGUGGAGAUGCUGGAAGGGCAGAUCACUGGCAAGAUCGUGUGCGCCAGAAGGGUUAAGAGCUUCAGGAGGAGCAAGUCCGCCAAAUCCAGCAAAUCGCCUUCUCACAAAACAUCGGACGAACUGCUGCAAUCUGCGUCGAGCUUGCAAUCGGGCAGAUCGGAAACGGAGCACAUUAUACAGAUCCGGGAGUGUCCCAUCUGCAGGAAGAGAUUCCGGCGGAAAGCCGAUUUGGAUGUUGUGAGCCACGUUGCGUUAUGUGCGCACGAAGAUCUCGGCAAAGUCGACAACUUUGUCAUGGGAGGGUUCUUAACGGAAGCCUAUGCCACGAGGAAGUGGUAUAGCAAGAUUGUAUCAUACGUGUCGUAUGGGGGAUACCGACUUGGGAAGAAUAAUGCAAAUAUCAUUGUACAGGACCGAACCACCGGUCAAUUGGUGGAAGAGAGGAUGCCGACGUAUGUGCGACUCGGUAUACGUUUGCUUUAUCAAUUCCGAUCCGGACGGAGUGCGGUCGAGCGGCGCCUGAUCAAAAACCUUUUGCGGAACUUGAGUGUGAAGCAAGGAAAGAAGUUCAACAAUCCGCUGAGCAAGAAAGCUAUCAAGCACUUUGUAGCUUUCCACAACCUUCCUCUCGAUGAAGUGAUGGAGCCUAUGGACAGCUUCCAAAACUUCAACGAAUUUUUCUACCGGAAGCUCAAGCCUGGAGUCCGGACACUGGCAUCACCAGACCCACGAGUAGCCGUGUCCGCCGCCGAUUGCCGUCUCAACUGCUUCACGAGUGUUGACAAGGCCAAAGCUCUGUGGAUCAAGGGGCGGGAGUUUACUAUACCCAAUCUGCUUGCCGACGAGGAAAUGGCCAAAAUAUUCGAUGGCGGCUCGGUAGCGAUCUUCCGGCUAGCUCCACAAGAUUACCAUCGGUUCCACUUCCCAGUCGACUGCACGGUGGGCCCAACGAAAUGGAUAGACGGGUCCUACUUCACCGUCAACCCAAUGGCCAUCAGGACGACCGUUGACGUUUACACGGAAAACGUGCGUGCCGUCACAUACUUGGAUAGUCCCGAGUUCGGGAAGCUUGCAUAUGUGUCUAUCGGUGCCAUGAUGGUCGGAAGCAUCGUUCUGACAUCGAAGGAAGGAACGCAGGUCAAGCGGAUGGAUGAGCAUGGGUACUUCGCAUUCGGAGGCUCAACAAUCAUCCUGCUCUUCGAGCGCGACGUGAUAGAGUUCGACGGAGACCUGUUGGAGAACUCGGAGCAUAAUCUAGAAACGCUAGUGAAGAUGGGUAGUUCGUUAGGACGACGGAAGGAUUCGCCGUCGAAUUGAAGUAGAGCAACGCCGGUCGGCGGCGAGGGCUUAGAUUUGCUGUAGGAUUUUUGUUUUCGUGGAAGGUGUUCUUUUUUGUGAGUCAUUUUCAAUACACGCAGUGUGCUACGAGUUUGGCCUGCUGUCAUGGUCGGACGCAGAGUACUCCACUGGGUGGCAUGCACGCGGUGCAGACGCAUGCCGAGCCC